CUAUCACAUCCUGGCUCAGGACCCCGGGGCGGCCACAAGGGCGCCUGAGUAAAAACAAUUUUGCGGUCUUUCUCGCGGGCAGCCUACUUGUUUAGGGCCUAGUUGUUAACAAAGCUACCAGUGCUAGCAGAAGCUAGCCAGCUCGAACGACCGACUUUUAGCUUUUGUUUGCAUCUGCUCACAGAAGUAUUAUACGCAAGGUGAUCAGACUUUUGUUAUUCUGAGGAUAAUCGGGACACAGCGACAGUUUUGCAGUGGCCAUGGCUAUGGUUUUGACUGUGGAACAGAUGGACACAAGAAAGUUGGUGCUUCACGAGGCCAGCCAGACAGUAGUAAACCAGUUGGAUUCAAGCGAAGGAAGUGAUGAUGAUAAAAAUAUGUUUGAGCCUCCUCAUGGCUCCAUUCACUCUGUAAAUGAAAAUGUGAGAAAGAGGAAACAAUGCCAAAACAGCUUGGACUCUCUCAUACCAUUUAAAAAAGCAGUGGUAGUGUUGACCAGACUUCCUGAAUAUAAGGUCAGCUCUCUGCGACCACCAACGCCUCAGCAGUUCUAUAGUGAAGAUGAAUCCCUCAGCAGCUCUGAUUCUGAUAUGCAGUGGGAACCAGUUGACUCCAGUGAUUCUGAUUUUUCAGUCUCUGACAGUACACGGAAACCUGCAAAAAUGGCAAAAUGCAGUAAGAGUGGCACAACAACAGCAGCACCUGCUUCACCACCGAGGAACAGCAGCAGUGUGGCAGACGUGACACCUAUUAUAGUAUCAUCAGUUUUUGGCCAUUCCUCCAAAGAAUUAACAAAUGCUCGGCCUAACCUGCCAAACGUAGAACUCGCAGUGAACAUGAUGGUUCUGGCAAGGAGAAGACAGAUGAGGUGGCAACGGGGAAGAAUAGUGGAGAUCGUUACAAGGGAAGAUGGACGAUUAAAGUACAAAGUCAGUUUUGAAGAAAAAGGGAAAAGCCUAGUAUCUGGACACCACGUUGCUUUUGACACCACAGCAAAGGUGGAGCAGCUGUAUGUUGGUGCUCGUGUGGUUGUUCAGUGUCAAGAUAACAAGUUCCGGUUCCAGCCUGGCGUUGUAGCCGAGCUCCCGAGCAGAAAGAACCGCUUAAGGUUUUUGAUCUUUUUGGAUGAUCACACGCCCCUCUAUGUCGGUUUACCUUUGCUUCACUUGGUGUGGAAACCUUUGGAAAAUGUUGCAGAUGACAUUCCAGAGGGCCCUCACAAAGAAUUCGUAGAGCAUUACCUGAAGAAGUGGCCGUACCCUCAGCUAACCCAGUACAGGGUUGGACAGAGCCUUAAUGCUGAACUGAAUGGAGUCCUACAGAGGUGUGUGGUGCAGGUGGUUGACUGCAGCUUAAUGGAGGUCAUCUUUGAGGAGAAUCAACAUAAGGAGUGGGUCUACCGAGGGUCCUCACGACUGGAGCACAUGGCGAAAUUUUUGGAGAUGAAACAGAGAGAAGAGGCCGAGAGUGAGACUGACUCUGACUGAAAGUCCACAGAUGCAGUUAUACCAUGAAUGGCUGUAAAAACUGAAAAUGUUGAAUGAUAUUUGGACGGAUAUGCAAUUGGAGAUUUUUUUGAGAACCAGCAGCCCAUUAUAAAUGAGAGAUGAUGGUGCAAACGAGUGACUCAAGCAUACCCAUUUUGACCUGUUAUGUUCCAUGUUUUUGUUUUUUAUUUUUUGUAUUUCCUUUUAUUGUACAAACUUGCAUAAAUAUAUAUAAAUAUAGUUGGUCGAUUUAGUUCCAAAUAAAAUUUAUUGUUCUACACACAAACAUUAUCAAAGCAGUUUCAGAAAUAAUCAUUUUAAGCCUACUUUUUCUUUUUUUAAUAAUCCAGUCCAAGUUGAUUUAGUUGAAAUGAUCCCCUUAAUUGAUCUUUCUGUGCUCAGAGGAUAAACAGUUCAAUGUCUAACUUGGUUCAGGGUCUUUUUUUUUUUCCCUGUUUUUGUUGUUUUACUCGCCACAGUAAGAUACUCCAGUCAUCAUGCAAAGCAUUCUGCCAUUGUUUGAAAUGUUUUUGUUGUUGAGAAAAAAAUCUUGAUUUCAUAAACAUUUUGAAAGAACUGCAGUAAUGGCUGGAAGCUUUAGUUAAAAUUUGCUAAUGUUCAUGUUGUUGGCUGACUUUUGGAAAAUUGUUAGUGAUUGUUUUCACUUAGGUAGAUAAAUUUAGUUGUGACAUCAUUCCCCUUUUCUUACAGUUCAACUCCAUAACUCAGGAACAGAAUGGGUAUGCCAACUGUAUUUCCCAUCUCAAAACUGGUAAUUUUGUAGCUCUUUUAUGCUGCCACAUUGAAAGGGCAUGUGUGUGUGUGUUUGUAUAUAGCAUGAAAUGUUUAGCCACCCAAAUAAACCACC